AUGAGCGCCUCCUAUUCUGGGUUCGACAGCCACGACGAUGACCCUGUCGAGCUCUUCGUAGAUGCCGAGGACGUGUUCGACGAGGACGAUGCCGAUUUCGAACCAGAGGACGACGACGAGGGUCUGGACGACGAUGGCAUGAUGGGCGAUAUAAUUGAGGAGGACGAGGAGAUUGAGUUCUUCGAUGCCCCGCAAGGAGAGGUCGUGAUAGAGCUCGAACAGCCCGAGGGGGACGCGCAGGAAGAGGUAGAAGCAGCACGCGAGGCGCUGCAGCACAGGAUCAUCCAGUUCAUGCAGAGCCGGAGGGCUGCCGCCCUGUCUCAGCGCCAGAUUCUUGCCUACCUGAGGCGCUCAAACCUGGGCCAUCUGCUGUUCGACGACGACGAUGAAGAAACCGCGGGGUACAACCGCGGAAGCAGGCGGGACCUGGACCCGAACCGGUUUCCCAAGGUUCCCAGCGAAGAGGGCAGGGGGUUGAUGGACUCGGGUGUCUUUGGUGCAACCGACUCCCGGAGUCGUCUCCGAUCUAAGAAGCGCAUCGCCCAGAGGAUAUUCGACCGAGAGAUGGGGAUAGGAAACAGCAUCGACCGGCGGCUGAACCAGGGGCUGAUGGCACAGUCUACCAUUCCGACCACGGACGCCGAGAUGAUCAUUCAUUACGACGAGCCUGUCUACUCGGGCCAGUUCUCUGACGACGGCAAUUUUUUCUACUCUUGUGUGAAGGACUUUAGAGUGCGGAUGUACGACACGUCUAACCCGUACAACUGGAGACAUUACAAGACGGUGGUGUUUCCUGGCGGCUCCUGGACGUUGACGGAUGCGUCCCUGAGCCCGGACAACAAGUGGCUCGCCUAUACUUCUAUCGAGAGCAAUGUCUGCUUGGCGCCGACAGACCCGAAUGACACGGGUGAUCCGUACAUGCUGAACCUAGCCGGCGAUAGUGCCCCUGGACCCCGACAGGCUUGGCACCAUAGGAGCGCAUUUGGCAUCUGGUCUAUCCGGUUUUCCGGAGACGGAAAAGAAUUGGUGGCCGGGACCAACUCGAACUCGAUCGUUGUGUACGACAUCGAGUCGCGCCGCGUCUUGCACAAUGUCAGGGGCCACGACGACCAUGUCAAUGCUGUAUGCUUCGCCGACAAGUCGUCCCCGCACAUCCUGUACUCGGGCUCCGACGAUGCAACCAUCAAGGUUUGGGACCGGCGCUCCAUGGGUGACGGGCGUGAAGCAGGUGCGUUCGUAGGCCACAUCGAGGGUCUCACCUAUAUCGACAGCAAGGGCGACGGGCGCUACAUCCUGUCCAACGGCAAGGACCAGAGCAUGAAGCUGUGGGACCUGAAGAUGAUGCACACGACGGCGCGCUUCAACGAGCUGGACCCGCGUCGGCACACGCGGCAGUCGGACUUUGACUACCGCUGGGAGUCGUACAACGACGCGAACUGGUUCCCACACCCGAACGACAACUCGGUGGUGACGUUCCGCGGCCACAAGGUGCUCCGGACGCUCAUCCGCUGCCACUUCAGCCCACCGGGCAGCACGGAUUCGCGCUACGUGUACAGCGGCAGCCACGACGGCAAGGUCUGGGUCUACAACAUGGACGCCACGCUGGCCGGCAAGAUCGAUGUGCAGAAGACGAGCAAGAACGCCAAGGCAUUGCCGCAUAGGUGGAGGCCGUAUUUUCGGAACAAGAACUUCCACAACUGGUCGGCCUGUGUCCGAGACGCAAGUUGGCAUCCCAAUGCGCCAUUCAUCGCUGCAUCCUCGCUCAACGGGUGGGACAGCGCGCUUGGUACCGUUACUGUGCAUUCGUUCAACGAGAGCUCCAAGGACGAAGGGGAGCCGAGGAUGGGCAGCGGGUACUACGACAAGAUGCGCCCGGUCGAUGCUGAAACGUCCGAGUCCGAGUCCGAGUCUGCACAGUCGGAAGAGGAAGGGGACGAGGACGACGAAGAAGAGGACAGCUCGGAUGGCGACUUUUUCCCUUGA